GAGCCUUUUCUGCGGCUGAAUGCUCUCACUAAGGCUUUAUUUUAAAUUGCACAUGUUUAAGACAUGCAGCGACGUGGCAUCUGAGCUCAAACCUAUGCCUUUUGUGACAUAUUGGAAGCUGAAAUGAAAGACUUGCCAAAUGGAUCAUUUUGUAGAUGAUUUUCCAGAUCUGUGCCACUCGACUCCAGCAAUCUGUUGGUUCACCGUGACACACAUUUAAACAAAUCUGCCUGUCCCUCACGCUCCUGCAGCUUGUGUUACAGUGCUACUAUAAAAUAUUCAUCCAUGGAAAAUCUCUUUGAUUCCAGUCGGUCACUGAACUUAAUGCGCCAUGCAGGUUAAAGCCAGUCUAAAGAUGUAAUUCAGACUAGAGCGUCCUCAAGCUUGGAGUCCAGCAGGCUUAAUUCUACCUUCCUACACAUUUGGACUAUCAAAGGGACACCGGGGUCUGCUGGUUGUGCCAUCUAAUUCAAUCACGAAAGAAGGAGGAUGUCGGCUCCCUCUCCAACAGGAGGCCCGCGUAAAGGUGGCGGAGACGACUCCGCCAAGUCCGAGCAGGAGGACCGGGCCCGACCUCAGACCCUGUCGGGAUCGGGAGUCUGCAAAUGGUUCAACGUCCGGAUGGGCUUUGGAUUUAUCUCAAUGACAAGCAGCGAGGGGAGCCCCGUCGACCCCCCUUUAGAUGUUUUCGUCCACCAAAGCAAAUUGGUGAUGGAGGGCUUCCGCAGCUUAAAGGAGGGCGAGCAGGUGGAGUUCACUUAUAAGAAGUCCUCGAAGGGCCUGGAGUCUCUGCGGGUGACCGGACCUGGUGGGGGACCCUGCGCAGGCAGCGAAAGGAGACCCAAAGGGAAGGUUCCACUCCAGAAACGCAAACCAAAGGGAGACCGCUGUUAUAACUGUGGAGGUCUGGAUCACCAUGCCAAGGAGUGUGGCCUGCCCCCCCAGCCAAAGAAGUGCCACUACUGCCAGAGCAUCAUGCACAUGGUGGCUCAGUGUCCCCACAAGGCGCUGGUGCCCGCCACAGGCUCUCAGGACCAACAUGCGUCUACCUCGGCCUCCGGCCCAGGGACUGAGUCGUACCUCUGUCCCCCAGAGGAGGAGGUGGGGCGCUCCGGCUCAUCCCCCCUGGAGGGCUGCUCACCCGAGGAGCCCCACACACACCGCGGCCCGCGGACCCAGAGGUGGAGGAAAUUCUGAAAAUAACCCACAGAGGUGAACGUAUCACUGCUGACCCCCAAUCCCGAUGUCUCCCCCUCAAUCAAGGAUACCUGAAUCAACCCCCCACAUCUACCUCACACCUGUGAAAAAAAUGGGAGGUCUUAAUUUCUUCACAUUUUUUUUUCUAACCAGUGCAGCUAUGGCAACGAUCAACGGGGUACAGACGUGUGUGUGAAUGUGUGACUGACUGACUUGCAGUCAUCUGGUGCAGCUAUGGCAACCGCCGCUGGAAUGGUGACUGCAGGGAAUGAAUGUUUUUCUUGUUUCAAUCAGUGCAUCUCAAGAAUGAAACAGCAUGGCAUCAAUCUUGAUUUGAUUUAAGUUUUUUGGUCCUCCUUGGACCUAAAUUUUUGCCACUCUGAGUGCUACCCCCCUUACAGAUUUUAUCCAUUUAAAACCACAAAUUUAUAUUCAGUAGGCCUCAUCAUUUUGAAAAAAAAAAAUCAUUAUGCAUAUUUUUAGCACACACAGUAGCUCAUUUUAAGAAGGAUCAGAAGACUUUUAAAAGCUAAGCGAUAACCCAGACCUAUAGGACUGUCAGCUUGGCUUCUAAAGAUCUUUAGGGAAUCCGAACAGAUUCCAGUGGAUAUUUUUUGAAAAGACAGCGAGCUGCUAAAAUAGA